AUGCACCAACAACCUCGAGGCCCGGCCCGGGUCUCGUCCCCCGUUGCGAUGCAACAGCCCAACCCAUCCCGACCAACAAACCCGAGGGAAGCUGUCCUUGGCUCCCGAUCCCGCGCCGGCUCGACCGUCUCGGGCAGAGAGACCCUUGAAUCUCCCGUCUUGGAGAAGCCCUCAUCACCUGGCCCGCCUGCCGAGUCGGUCAAGAAGCUCGACCAGAUAAUCCAGAACUUCUACUCAAAAACUGCUGCCCUCGUCCUCAACUCCCGUAUCAAAGUGAAACCAUCGCGCAAUGUAAACGGCGCCCGGAGAGCCAACAAAUGGUUCCAAAUCGAGACCGACGAGAUCGACGACUUCCGGGAAGAACUCAAGGUCUGGAAGAACUGCGGCAGCCUCGACAACCAGCCACCGCCCAUGGUUAUCGAAGUCUAUCUCGAUGCCUCCCAACUAAAAGAAAGUCAGAGUCUUGUCAUUGUCGACGAGAAUGGAAAGAGAUGGGAUGUAAUGGAGCAGUUGAACUCGUCGGGGUCGUCCACUGGUAGCCCGCCUAGCUCGUCCCGCCGGAGCCCCGACGUAAUCCUCGAGAGAUGGCGAGUCGAUCUCAAGCCGACGGGCGCGAUACCGAUUGACGACUUUGGCCCUACUCUCCCAACGAUCUACAAAAAGGCCAUUGUCUUCUUCAGAUCCCUCUUCAUCACCACCCGCCUAUUGCCCGCCUGGAAAUUCGCCAGCCAAGGCCCAGCAAAGCAUUCUCACCCUGCCCUCAUCCCCCGAAUCCGAAUACGCACCUCUGAGCCCACCCGGCCACGCCUGGACCAACUGAGGCUCCCCAUCGAUGGCAGACCAGACCCAGUGACAGAAUACAUGUUUGGGGAUCUAGAGGUGCCAGUUGGACGACUGAGCACUGUUGUCACGUAUCGCAAUGACUGCAACUUUCGCGUCGACGACUCCGAGGCCCUCCUAAGCUCACGGUUCAUGGGUGUUGAUGAGAACUUCUUCAGGCCAUCACUACCCCAACAGUCAGACCGUCCUCGAGUGCCCAUGGCCGAGGUCGGCUCGCUGCGUGAUAACCGGGCUCGUCCAAAUAUCAGUGAUUUGCAGCAGACGUACGGCAGUCUGUCGACCUUUCACGGCAACGAUCCUCUAGGGACGAGUCCCAUCUCAGCAUUAAGAGCUGUGCGCCCACCAGGCUCCGAUACAAGCUCUCCCCCCGAGUCAUUACCCAUAAGCACCGAAAUAGACGGCCCGAGCUCAUUACCGAUCGGUCGCCAUACAGCGACACGCCCAGCGUUGCGAACGGUGGAGGGUCAUGGUCGUAGACCAUCGAUUUCAUUUCAACCAUUCAAGGCAGGCUCGCUCUCGGGUUCUCCAAUUCCACGACAGGUAGAAGCCGACUCCCCGGCAUCGCCAAAUUCAUUUUCCCGAACAGGUGGGAUCCCGUCUCUCCAACAGGCUAGAAACCGGACGUCUCUCACUGCGGGCAUGCCAGCAUCUCUACGAGGUGGACCUCCCCAAGGUGUAAACACCGCCGUUGUAGGGUCACCUCAACCGGCUUCAGCAAGCCGGUACAGCAGUAGCUUUACGCACCGCCGAGGUCGGUUGUCCUUUGGCGGCGCAAGCAGAGCUGGAGACGACGAGCAAGGUAGCAGCGGAAGACAAAGUCUGGCCUCGUCAGUAGCUCAGCCAGGUUCUGGUCUCCUCGCAGAAGUGGCUGGCACCAGCUCUGAAUCGCUUCAGACUGAGGAUGAUAAUAUCUCCGACUUCCUGAAAGCACUCGACAGUAAAAAGACACUCAAGAGUUUUGAACCUACCAAGAGGGGAGAGUCGGCAACGAAUCGAACCGUGGCUCAGCUUUCUAAGUUCCACAUGAUGAAGGACUCCAACAAUGCUCUAACAGAGUCAAUGACUUCUUCGGUGCAGAUGCAGCGUUCUUCGAGCUCAUCAAGCAGGCAGCUGACGAGUGUACCUGGUAUGGUAGCCCCGGCGUCCAUGUCGGCGUCGUCAUCUCCCGGAAAGCCACUCUCACCGCAUACGCCGCAUACACCUGCGAUUCCCUCCCGCUUGAGCGAGAACUCGAUUAUCGACUACACGGGCCAAGGCCGAAUCACUUCACGACAGGGCCGUGCACUAGAGAGUGCCCCGUCUGGACCUACCAGAGAGAGCACAAUUACCCAGGACGGCACAACCGCCAUCGAUAUCCCCCUAUCACCACGACUAAACUCAUACCAACGACGAUCUAGCUCGGCGGCACAGCAGAAUCGGGCAUUGGCAGACGAUGAUGAGACGGACUUGGCAUUCGCAAACCGAAGCAUUAGCUUGGGAGCAGAGGAUAGAGAGCCGCCUACGAUGAGCAUUCUGCUCGGAAGGCAGAUGCAACUGGAAGAGCAAUCUACAGCUCAGGGGGGCUUGCCGGGCGGAUUUCAACCGGCAGCUGAAAUCGAGACUGCCGAAACAUCUGCGAUGAUGCAACGGGGACUAUCCGAGGAGAACCCACCGGAGGGGUUUAUCCCCGUGGCCACGUCAAGCUCGCCAUUUGGAAGACGCCGUUACAUGGGCAUGGGAGCGGCUCACCGACAGACCCCGCCGCAAUCCUCAAGAGGCAGCUUUACUGGAUCGGUCAACAGAUUGGCCAGAGGUGACGACGAAUUGGUCGGCGAGGAACCACUUAUGUUCGAUUUCUCAGAGGUGGAUGCGCAAGGCCGACGAAGUAUAGAAGAAGGACGAAGCGGUGAGCAAGCACCCACAGAGACCGUAUCUGACCGCGGGGGAUACGAGACUCGAGGUACUUCACGACGAGGGUGGUAA